AAAUGGAGUCUUUGUCCAUUAGCUCAAACUCUUUAGAAGGUGGAGUUCCAAAAUCAUUUGGAAGAGCAUGUUCUUUGGUCUUAUUGGAUCUUUCUUAUAAUAGUUUAAGUGAAGAGCUACCAAUAAUAUUUGAUCACUUGUCUGGGUGUUCUAGAUACUCAUUACAAGAAUUAUACUUGGAAGGAAAUAGAAUCAAUGGUACGUUUCUUGACCUUUCAAUAUUCUCAUCUUUAAAAACAUUGAUUCUUUCUAACAAUCGAUUAAGUGGGAAGAUACUCGAAGGUAGCAAAUUGCCAUCUCAAAUGGAGUCUUUGUCCAUUAGCUCAAACUCUUUACAAGGUGGAGUUCCAAAAUCAUUUGGCAAUGCAUGUGCUUUGUACUCAUUGGACAUGUCUAACAAUAGCUUGGGUGAAGAAUUUCCAAAGAUAAUCCAUCACCUGUCUGGAUGUGCUAGAUAUUCAUUGGAAUAUUUAUUUCUAGGCAUGAAUCAAAUCAAUGGGACACUACCUGACCUCUCAAUAUUCUCAUCUUUAAAAAGAUUAUAUCUUUAUGGAAACAAGUUAAAUGGAGACAUUCCUAAAGAUAUUCGAUUUCCACCUCAGCUAAAGAGUCUAAAUAUGCAUUUAAAUUCCUUAAAAGGUGUGCUCACUGAAUACCAUUUCACUAAUUUGUCUAAGUUAAAAGAGUUGGUGUUGUCAGAGAACUCAUUAUUGGCCUUGACAUUCACACAAAAUUGGGUUCCACCAUUUCAAUUGAGGUACAUAAGAUUGCAAUCUUGCAUGCUAGGUCCAACAUUUCCCAUAUGGUUGAAAACGCAAAAUGAUUUCAAUGAUCUUGAUAUUUCAAAUGCUUCAAUUUCAGAUAUGGUUCCAAAGUGGUUUUGGGCUAAAGUAGCAUUGCUGGAAGGGCUUUCAAUGAAUAUUUCAUAUAACAAUCUCUCUGGUAUAAUUCCAAAUUUUCAACUAAAGAAUAAUUCUUCUUCCCUAAUUCUUGGAUCAAAUCUAUUUGAAGGCCCUAUACCACCAUUUCUACGAUAUUCUAUGUUUCUUGAUUUGUCCAAAAAUAAAUUCUCAAACUCUUUUUCAUUUUUAUGUGCUAGUGGUACAGUUGAAAUUUUAUACCAAUUAGACCUUUCAAAUAAUCAGUUAUCCGGACAAAUCCCAGAUUGUUGGAACCAUUUCAAAUCAUUAUCUUAUUUAGAUCUAAGUCACAAUAAUUUUUCAGGAAUGAUUCCUACUUCCAUGGGAUCACUCUUUGAUCUUCAAGCAUUACUAUUGAGAAACAACAACUUAACAAAUGAGAUCCCUUUGUCUUUGAGAAAUUGCACAAAGCUAGUAAUGCUUGAUAUGGCAAAAAACAAGUUAUCAGGCCAUAUCCCUGCGUGGAUUGGGAGAAAAUUACAAGAGUUGCAAAUUUUGAGUUUGGGAAUAAAUCAUUUUUAUGGAAGUUUACCAUUAGAGAUUUGUUAUCUAAGAAGCAUUCAACUGUUGGAUCUCUCACUAAACAACUUAUCCGGGAAAAUUCCUACAUGCAUAAAAAAUUUUACUUCAAUGGCUCAAAAUACAUAUUCAAGUUCUUAUGCCUAUCACUGGUAUUAUGUCAAGACGAGUCAUGAAUCAUUUAGCAGGGCAUAUGAUUUGGAUGCAUUCUUGAUGUGGAAAGGUUCAGAACAAAUGUUCAAAAAUAAUGAGUUAUCACUUUUAAAAAGCAUUGAUCUCUCAAGUAAUCACUUUUCAAAAGAAAUUCCAGUUGAAAUAGAGAAUUUAUUUGGAUUGAUUUCAUUGAAUUUAUCAAAUAACCAUUUGAUCGGAAAAAUUCCUUCAAAUAUUGGAAAGCUAAAAUCUCUUGAAUUUCUUGAUCUGUCAAGAAACCAACUUGUUGGUUCAAUUCCUUGGAGUCUUGUUCAAAUUGAUCGACUCUCUGCUUUAAAUUUGUCACAUAACCAUUUAUGUGGAAAAAUUCCAACUGGCACACAAUUACAAAGUUUCAAUGCCUCAAGUUACGAAGAUAAUCUUGAUCUUUGUGGACCACCACUUGAGAAAUUGUGUAUUGAUGAGGAGCUAAAACAAGGACCAGUUGUGAAACUUCAUGAGGAUGGUUUGUUUUUUACUCGUGAGUUUUACAUGAGUAUGACAAUUGGAUUUGUUACAAGUUUUUGGGGAGUUUUUGGCUCGAUCUUGAUAAAACGUUCUUGGAGACAUGCUUAUUUCAAGUUCUUAAGCAAUGUAAGAGACAAAAUUUAUGUCAUGGCAGCGGUGAAAGUUUUCAAGUGGCGGCAUAGAAUAUAGCUGAGAACCUUGAUCCGAAGAGGAAUUGUGACGAGGUUGUUGCUACUUUGAUUACACCCUUGAUGUGGAGUCCUUUUUUCAGGUAAAGGGGAAGUGAGUUUGUCUCGAUCAUGUGCAUAAUGAGGUUUAUGGGUAAAGAGGUUGGCCUUAUAUCCUAUAGGUUUUUCUUUAAUCCUAAUUAUAUGUUUAAUUUUUUAGAUCGGUUGUUUUAGGGGUAAUUAGGGAUCACAAAUGUGUAUUAUAAAAAUUGUUGAUGACAUUGAGAAUUACAUGGAUAACCUUGUAUGUUUUUUAUGUUCGAAUUUGGUUCACAGUUAUUGUUGACUAACUAGAAUGAUGUAUGGGUAUUUGGAUAGUUGUUUCUCGAAAGAUUAGGAUUCUUGAAUGGAAAUGAGUUAAUGUUAAAUUGAUAAUGUUACUAGGCAUAUCAUUGUAUAUAAUUAAGUUAGAAAAGCAAGAUAAUUAGUAGUCAAGUAAGGGAUUACAAUGAAGCUAUUUAAAAUAUGAAAAUCUAGAAACAUCAAAAUUAAUGUUUUAGUAAAAUUAAAUUUUCUAUAACAAUGCUAAGUGAGAAGACUACUCACAAAGCAAGAAACCUCUAGAUAGUGAGGGGGAAACUCUCUAUCUUGUUGAUUCUAAGCACGAAACUUCUAGUGUCUCACUAAAGUUUUGGUGCUAAGUGAGUAUAUUGACUCGUUAAGUAGCAUAGCCACUAAUUUUUCAUGCUAAGUGUGGAAGUCAAAAAAAGCAAUAAUUUUUCUUUGUGCUCUCAAUGGUAAGCGACAAUGUUGUGUCACUAUGUGUUGCUAAGUGACAAUGUGGUAUCGUUAGGCAUUGAUGUAGUGGUGUUAAGUGAUAGAACACUAGCAAGGAAACCUUAUUUGAUUUUACUUGGGCUCUUAGUGAGGGACUACAUUGUUAAGAGAGAAGUCCCUAUUUUUAUUGGUAUGUUUAUGAUGCUUUUGUAAUGACAUGUUAACGUGAAAUCUUGUGUAUUAUAAAUGACAUGAUUAAUGUGAACUUGUUAUAUUUGAGAAUGAUUACAAUGAAUUUAAGGGACAUUCUAUCCUAUGAGAAUGACAUGAUGACCUAUCAUAAAAAGGUAGGUACCUUCAUAUGAAAGUUAAAACUUUGUGAGACCAUGCAUCAUUUCAUGAGCAAAGAUUUGAUUUUAAGAAAUAUCUUAGAGAAUUAGUUUGGUGGAGGUCAUGAAGGAUUAUUAACCCUAAAAUUUGAGGGAGAUUGAGGAAAGUCCACUAUGUUAAUCUCAUGCUGAUCGGAGCAUACCAUCGUAGUUGGGUAACAUUGACUAGUCACACAAAGUAUUUUACUAAUUAAGGUUAUAGUAAAUGGUUGGAAUAUUCCAAUAUGUGAUGUUGCAUUUACUCGUAGUACAUUUUUGCUAUGUUUCAGAAAUGGUGUCACAUGCAUAUAAGCUAGAUGACUAAAGGAUAUCUCAUUUAUUGAACCAUAUGCAUAUCGAUUAACUUAACUUAUGAGAUGAUUUAUAUGUUUAUAAAUGGGUAUCAGUUCAUAAUGUUUGUAAUACUUUGAUCACGAUGUAAAAUAUAUCUUACUUUUUUGUGUUUGUCUUUGUUUGGUGGUUAAUCGCCAUUUGUAGGUGAGAGUCAGCUUGAGGAUGAUGAUAUAGAGGAGGUUGAUGUCUAUACUUUGACUAUGACAUCAGAGCAAAACUUAUGGGUUUCUUUAUGUCUUAUGUUUUCUUUAAAGAUGUUUAAGUUUAAACACGUAGUUUGACUUUCAGUUUUUGUUUCAAUGUUUGGAGUGCCAAAUAAUUUGAUUUAACUUUUAUGA